AUGGCUACGCUGAUUGCUCCUUCCAACCACUCUCCUGUGGAAGAUGCUGAAUCUAUCCGAAAGGCUGUCAAAGGUUGGGGAGCUGAUGGAAAAGCCAUUAUAUCAAUACUAGGCCAUAGAAAUGCUACCCAAAGGACCCAAAUCAGAGAAGCAUACCACAAUCUCUUCCAAGAGGACCUCAUCAAACGCCUUGAAUCUGAGCUCUCUGGUGACUUUGAAAGAGCCAUGUACCGUUGGAUAUGGGAACCUGCAGAACGUGAGGCUUUGUUGGCCAAUUUAGCUCUCAAGAGUGCUGACAAAAACUACCAAGUGAUAGUGGAAAUUUCCUGUGUCCUUUCACCUGAAGAGCUUUUUGUUGUGAGGCGUGCCUACCACAACAGAUACAAGCGUUCCUUGGAGGAAGAUGUGGCUGCUAAUACCACUGGCCAUCUUGGCCGGCUAUUGGUAGGGUUGGUGAGCUCAUUUAGGUAUGGUGGCAGUGAAAUUAAUGCAAAAUUGGCAGAAUCUGAAGCUGAUGCUCUUCAUGAGGCUAUCAAAAACAAGAACAAAGGUAAUGGAGAAAUUAUUAGGAUCCUUACUACUAGGAGCAAGACCCAACUUGUUGCUACUUUCAACCGCUACAGGGAUGAUCAUGGCAUUGCCAUCACUAAGAAAUUGUCCGAUGAAGGGUCUGAUGAGUUUCAUAAGGCAGCCAAUUUAGCCAUUAGCUGCAUCAAUGAUCAUAAGAAGUAUUAUGAGAAGGUUCUUCGCAAUGCCAUGGAAAGUGUUGGAACUGAUGAGGAAGCACUGACACGUGUGAUUGUGACAAGGGCUGAGAAGGACCUGAAGGAGAUCAAAGAGGUCUAUUACAAGAGAAACAAUGUUCAUCUUGAGCAUGCAGUGGCCAAGGAAACUUCUGGAGACUACAAGAAGUUCCUCCUUACUUUGAUGGGGAAAGAAGACUAA